AUGUCAUCUUCAAAGCGAGAUAUAGAACAAAAAAAGAAGCAGGUGAUAGAAAAACUAAAGAAUGGUGAAUUUAUAGCUAAAGUAGAACCGCCUUCAUCGUCUCACGGUUCAUUUUGGGAACAUUUAUUACGUAUUAAAUGCUCAAAUAAUGAAUAUCAACCAUUUGUACAAUGUACAUUGUGCCAUGAGAUAUUAUCAUAUUCAAUAUCACAUGGAACUUCUACCAUCAGUUAUCAUGUUAAAAAUUGUCUUGAUAAAUCAAAUAAAUUAAAGAAUAACAAAACAAUUAGUAGUUAUUUAUCAAAGUCCACCGAUGUUAAAGUAACUGUAGAUGAUAAACGAUCAAUUACAAUUGCUUGUGCCAAACUGUGUUCGUUUGACAUGAGACCUUUCAGUAUUGUGAAAGGUCGAGGAUUUACAUUUUUUUGUCAAAGUUUAAUUAACCUUGGUUAUCAGUAUGGUACCACUAAACUUGGUCCUCCUUCAGCAAGUUCAUUAUUACCAGAUCCAACAAAUAUAUCCCGUACUGUAUCUCAAAUAGCUGAAGAAGAACGGGAAAGAUUAAAAAACAUCUUGAAGGUUGAUUUACAACAUGUAAAGAUGGUUGGUGUAUCUACAGAUUAUUGGAAGAACAGUGGUACCAGUGAAAGUUACUUAACAAUCAACAUUCACUAUUCAAAAAAUGAACAGAAUGUUACUUAUAUGUUACGAACUUCAUUAUUCGCUCAAUCAAAAACAGGUGAUAAUACAAGACAAAGAAUUUUUUCUGUUUUAUUAAGUUAUGAGAUUGAUCCUAAUCAACAUCAUGUCGUGUACAUAACUGAUAAUGGCUCCAAUCUAGUUUGUGGUCUGCAAGGCGAAGUACAUCUUCGCUGCAUCUGCCACUGUCUAAACUUAUCGUUACACAAUGGUGUAAGCUUAUGUCCUAAUCUUGAAUUGUUAAUAAAAUCUUGUCAGGAAUUAUGUGUUCAUUUCAAACGGUGUGAAAUGAAUCAGUUGUUAUCAACAACGCUCAAAAUAAAUGUGGAUACAAGGUGGAACUCCAUACAUGAUAUGAUGCAAUCGAUCUCAUUAAAUUUUCAUAAAUGUGAAGAUCUUUUACUUGAUCGAAAUGAAAUUUACUACUUAGAUGAUAUUAAUCGAAAAUUAUUGUCGGAUCUGACAUUGAGUCGUAGCUUUCGAAAUGAAAUUUAUGCCGAUACUCGAAAAAUAAUUAAAACAAUUGGUAUUCAACAACAACAAUCAUCAUCUACAACAGCUACAACAAACUCUAACAAGCCACCGAAGAAAAAGAAAACUGAUUUAGUAAUGGAAAGCGAUGUGAUGCAAGAAUUUGCAGGACAUGUGGACAGUGAUUGUGAUGACAACUCUGAUGAAAUUGAUCGUUAUAUUAACAGCAAACUUUCAUUUUCAAAUGAUGAUACGUUGUUAGGAUGGUGGAGUAAACAUUCAUUAAUAUUUCCACAGCUAACUUUAUUAGCUAGGUCGUUAUUUGGAAUUCCUGCAAGUUCGGCUACAUCGGAGCGUGUUUUUAGUUCAACAGGUCGAAUAUUAGAAAAAAGAAGACAGCUUUUGAAUCCUGAUAUUGUUGAUGAUAUUUUGAUGAUAAGAAAUUUUCGAGAUGCAUGA